ACUUCACAGAGGGUGAUCGCAUAGCUUUCAAGAACAAGCGCAGAAACGAGCUGCUUCACGAAGCAACAUGCCAGUAGCUAGCAGCAAUCACAGCAGCUAUAUCAUCACACCUCGAUGAUCGUCUGACCUUCAAUCUCAACCGCCCCAACCACCACCAUGACGGCCGCGAUGGACCUCCCCGAGCAGCUCGUCUACCUGAUCAUACGGUUCGCCUCAUCGAUUCCCGAUCUCCCUCUUGCUGUGCGCUCGCCGAGGACCACGACGACUCUUUCUCUGAAACAGCUCAUCCGACCUCACCUGCCCUUCAGCAAUGCUGCCUCGCGCCUGCGCCUCAUCUAUGCAGGAAAGGUGCUCGCAGACACCACGCCGCUCUCGAGCUCGUUACGAAUCCCGCCGCCUCCGCCGCCACCUCCCCGAAGAGAUGAGGCGCACUCGGAACACGGCUCAGACGGCAAGGGCAAAGGCAAAGAGCCCGUCCGAGACGUCCUCCACAUGCUAGACACCGCCGACAUACCCCCCGACGCGAAACGCUACUACAUCCACUGCUCCCUGGGCGACGCGCUCAGCGACGCCGAGCUUGCCUCCGAAGCCUCCCUCGCCCAGACGACCGAAGCCUCGCUCGAGUCGCAGCACACGUCGCUCGCCUCCGGGCGCCGCGCCAGCCGUGCCUCCAUCCACAGCGCCAGCGACCAUGGCCCCCGCCGGCGCUCCAGCACCGCAACAAAUACGCCUGCCGCACCGCAGGGCUUCGACCGGCUGCUCUCCUCGGGCUUCACGCCGCAGGAGGUCGCCACCCUGCGCUCGCAGUUCCAGACCAACCUGUCUUACACGCACACGCCGGAUAGCAUGCCCUCGGCGGCCGAGAUGCGCGCGCUGGAGGACCGGUGGCUGGACAGCACGGCGACGGACCCGUCGGCGGCGCUGGCGGGGGAGGGCGGCGAGACGGGAUGGGGUGCGGGGUUUGCUGUUGAGGAAGGCGGGCUGGAUGAUAUGCUUUGGGGGUACUUGACGGGGUUCUUUUGGCCGUUGGCCGCGUUUCAUUGGGGGUUCAGGGAGGAGGGGGUGUGGGCGCGGAGGAGGCAGGUCGCAGUCGUUAUGGGGGUGGUGCUCAAUGCUGCGUUUGGGUUCAUGAGGUGGAGUCAGUGAGUAAGCCUGUGGGAUAUUCAGUGCAAGAUACCAUAGGAGUUUGGGUCUCUACGCAAAAAGCUACGAGGGCACUAGAUGAGAGACCUAAGGCAUUAAGACCUCAGCCGAAACUGCCUCAGUGCCCAUUCACCUGCUCAAGCGCC